CUUCCAUCUACAAACGACAACUAUGGUGGUCAGCCCAUUGUGAAAAAAAAAAUUUUUGUUCCAGCCAGUCUUUCGUUUUGAUUCCUCCAUCCUCCACCCCAUCGCCCCCUCUCCUCCUCAUCCCCUCUCCCCCGUCCACGCCUUCGACACUCCUCUCAGAGUCGGCAUUUUGCGAGGCUCACGAUUAUAAGGGCCGAGCCACUAGUUCAACAAAUCCUCCCAUUAUACUUGGGCGUCAAGAUACAACAAUUGCGCUCACAUCAAGAUCACCCCGAUUCACAUCACCGUUGGUUGUCUGUUCGGGAUGUCAGAUCACACUCAACAGCCUAGCGGCACCGCGGGGCCUCUAACUACAUUCCACCCGUUCCCCAAGUUACCCUGGGAGCUUCGUCACGACAUUUGGGACCUCGUUGUUCGACCGCUUGACCGCCCUGGAGCCCACAUCUUCUGCAUCGAAGAGCGGGAGCUGGAUGACUCUGAAGCUAAAGAAUGCGACGUGGUCUGCGGCCCUAUCCCUUCGGAAUCUGGCGAGUCCAACCUUCACAUCAGAGUUCCGGCUGCAACUAUGUCCUCCGGACCCGCUGGUAACCCGUCCAUGUACAUGAUUGAUGGUGGACUUUGGACCGCCUGCAAGGAGUCACGAGCGGUGAUGGAAAAGGUCUUCAAGCACCAUAUUUGGGACCCCAAGAGGAGGGCCUGGCCGCAGUACUAUGAGGCUUCUUUUCCACUUGAGAGGUACAGGUUCAUUCCUCCACAUCUUCGAGCACUACGACAGUCUCCAGUUAUCAAAAACCCUUAUGAAGGGGUAAAACACGAAACCGAUAUGAUACCGGCCACGGGAUUCUUUCUAUCGGCACCAUCGUCUCCUUCCUCGUCGUCAUCCGCUCGAACGACUAAAGCAGACCGACCCAACCAUCAAGUCACAACCUCCCCGCACUAUUUCAGUGUCUUUCCCCAUCGAGAUCUCUUCAUUAUGCGGCCUGCAUCGUGGAAAAUAGAUGACAUCUGGUCUCGGCUCGAAGUUUUCUUUCCCUUCGGCUCGAAGAAAUGGGGAUAUUUCGGAUUCGGUGGGAAACAUGGUCUCGCAUUCGAGUACGACCCGGCCUGGAUGGAAGGAUCUGAAGAUGAUUACUACCGGGAUGAUUCUGGUAAAAUCAUGGGCGUUAUUAGCAUUGUCGACAGAAUAACUUCGGUCAUCACUCAAUGGGAUACCUCCGAACCGGACACUAUUUGGUUCAUUGAUUACCGACUCAAGCUCAAGCAGGACACACCCGCAGACAAGAGAGAACCUGAUGGUAAUCAAAAAGUGUUCUAUGGGAACGAUGGACGUCGAUAUGUUGAGAUGUAUUCUAAGUUUGUCGAGGGUGGUGGUGACCGUCUCCAGUGGUUUUAUACCGAAGGUGUUGGGGGUGAAGACUCGUCCAUCAGUGAAGAAUCUUGUCAUUCUUUUAUCGAAUAUGUUGAACUUGAACUCCUGGAUAUGUUGAACGAAGAUUCCGAAAACGAAUGGGGUGAUGAGGAAAGGGACGGUCCAAAGUUCGGAAUUCUUGCUUGCUUGCCUUAAGCCUGAGUAAGACAUGUUGACGAUGGACUGUCGGUGAAGUCUCAAGCAGCUAUUGUACUUAGAUCACUUUGAACUUAGUGUCUGUCGGUUUCUGUUA